GACGGAUGUGCCGGGGCCUGGCAGCAUCCCGGCACCUGGGCGCUACCGGAACUGGAACCCACCGCUCCUGGGCAACCUCCCUGAGGAUUUCCUCCGCAUCCUGCCCCAGCAGACCGCCGGCGCACAGGGCUCCCUGGAGCAGGAGCGGCGGUGGAAGCAGUACCUGGAGGACGAGCGGAUCGCGCUCUUCCUGCAGAACGAAGAGUUCAUGAAGGAGCUCCAGAGGAACCGGGAUUUCCUCCUUGCCCUGGAGAGAGAUCGAUUGAAAUAUGAGUCAAAAAAAUCCAAGUCGACCAGUGUUGCUGUCAGCAAUGACUUUGGUUCCUCCUCCGUAAUAUCAGGUGAUGUAGCCCCCUCUGUAACCAGUGAGGACGGCGGUGCCGUGUCUGACGAUGCCUUAUUCAGAGACAAAUUGAAACACAUGGGAAAAUCCACGCGCAAGAAGCUGUUUGAACUCGCCAGAGCCUUCUCUGAGAAGACGAAGAUGAGGAAAUCGAAAAGAAAACACUUGUUGAAGCACCAGGUUCUGGGGACGGCAGCUUCCACGGCAAAUCUUCUUGAUGAUGUCGAAGGACAUUCAUGUGAUGAAGACUUCCAAGCACGGAGGCAGCAGCUCCGGGAGGAGGAGGAGACGCCGAAGGAAGGGCAGUAA